AUGUCUUCGCAACAACAGCAGGAGGAGCAGCAGCAACAAGAAGCUCGCGACGAGCAAACGAAGCUGCAUCACACCACCAGCACCACCUGUCCCGGUCCCUUCCCUCACUCGGCUCAGGCUUCCACCGCGGACACCGCGAUCCAUGCGGUGGUCACCACCCGGCCGCAACACCAGACUUCCCGUGCCCCGGGCCCCUUCCCUCCUCCAGCCUAUGCAGUCAUCCGAAAAGCCGCCCUCCAAGUUUAUGUGACCAGCACCCCCAAGCCCAAGGGGCUCCCUCGCCCGUAA